AUGGUGAACGGUAGUCCGACUUAUGAAUUUGGGGUGGAGAAGGGUUUGCGUCAAGGAGAUCCUAUUUCUCCUUUUCUUUUUGUUAUAGCGGUGGAAGGAUUAAAACUUCUAAUCAACAAGGCGGUGGAUAGUGGAGGGUAUGCAGGUUGUAAUGUUAAAGGAAGAUGUUUUAUGGAUAUUCUCCAAUUUUCCGACGACAUGCUCUUGGUAGGAGAUGGGAGUUGGAAUCAUAUUAGGGCUAUAAAAGUGGUUUUGAAGAGAUUUGAUCUCGUUUCGGGUUUAGCUAUAAAUUUUCACAAAAGUAAGAGAAUCCGUAUUAAUAUUAAGGAUAGUCACAUGGAAUUUCCAGAGAAUUAUUUUGGUUGUAAAAAGGAGUCAAAAGAGUUUAUCUUCCUUGGAAUACCUAUUGGAUCCAAUCCUAGAAAAUUUCAUUGUUGGAGUUCUUUGGUGGAGAAAAUGCGGAGGAGAUUGUCUUCAUGGAACGGUAGAUGGGAUCGAUACAACGAUGUUAAGUUGAUAGCAGCCAACGGUAUUGGUAAUCUUGAUAAAAGUUUAUCCUCAUCAAUUUGGUGGGCGGACAUCUCUACUUUAGGGAAAAAUAUCCAGAGUGAGAUUGUUGAGAAGUACUGCAAGUUCUGGGAUGCUUCGAUUGCGGAAAUGAGAGGUUGGAGAAAUGGUUCUUGGUUAUGGAAUGAUUUUGGAGUUCUGAUUGGCUUUUAUCUCGCGGCUGAAGCAGACUGUUUGAAACAGUUAUUGGCCGAUGCUGCUACUGUGUUGACAGAAGGGGGGACAACCCCGUCUAGACGCUGUCAAGUGAUGGUGCAAGUUCCGUUAAAGGUUAGAUUUUUUGGUUGGAGAUGCCUUUUGGAUAGAAUCCCAUCUAAAGAGAAGUUGUUAGAUAAGAAUAUGCUAAAUUUUGCCACCAAUUCAAACUGUGUCUUCUGUAAUGAUAUGUUGGAAUCAUCUAGUCAUUUGAUCAUGAAUUGUCGAGUGGUUCAAUUGGUGUGGAAGGAUAUGGCCGAGUGGUUAGAUUUGGAGUUCAAUAUUAUUUGGAGCAUGUGGAUGUGUAGGAACCAUAUUAUUUUCAAUAAUAAUGUUUGGAAUGUUUCAGAUAUGGUGUGGAGCUGUAAAGCUUUGGUGUGGAGAUGGGCUUUAGGAAAAAUUAUACAAUCCAACUGUAACUUUUAUGAGUUUAGCAAAAACCCUUUACCAGUACUAUACUUAGGAUAG